CCUGCGCCUCCCGCGUAACGUGAACCCUCACAGCCGCCGCCGAAAACACCCCUGCCCUUCCGCAGCCAGCGUGCUUCGAGAAAGAGAGCGGCGAAAGGGGGAAAAGCUGCUGCCUACCACGCGACCGCCUCCCUGGGCCAAUGAGAGGCACAGGCCGCAGAGGACUCGAGCGAUCUCCGGCAACCAAUGGCGGUUUCCACUGAUGCCGAGCGAGCAUUCAGGUGCAGCCUGGACUCUGAGGGGGACCGCUGCAAACGUGCAGUAACACGUGUCAACCGGACCUGCGUUUCUUGUUCCUGCCCGGGCGUCCCUGCCGCGGCUGCCUCCUCGCGAGCUUCCAGCGCUUUGGGCGGCAGUUUUCCCGCAGGGGCUUCCUGUUGAAAUGAAGAAACAUAUGUUUGGUUUAAUAGCCUGAAUAAGUGAAUUGUAGUGCCAUCUAUGGGGAGAAAGAGUUGCCUGAUAUGGCAUUUCUGCGCUUCAAUAUUAGAAUGGCAAAUGGAAAGAGCCUUCCAAACUGCCCUAUGGCUACUGCAGCCGGAAGUUGUUUUUAUUCUAGGUGAUAUCUUUGAUGAAGGGAAGUGGAGCUCUCCUCAGGCUUGGUCAGAUGACGUAAGACGCUUUCAGAAAAUGUUUAGGCAUCCAACCCACACUGAUCUAAUUGUGAUUGUUGGCAACCAUGACAUUGGCUUUCAUUAUGAAAUGACCACAUUCAAGUUAAAACGCUUUUCACAAGUUUUCAACUUCACUUCUGAAAAGUUGGUAACUUUGAAAGGGAUAAACUUUGUCAUGGUGAACAGUGUUGCAAUGGAGGGAGAUGGCUGCAAAAUCUGCAGGACAGCAGAGGCAAAGCUCGUGGAGCUCUCUCACAAAUUGAACUGCUCAUUUCAGGAGCAAAGUCAAUACCAAAAGAAGUGCAGCAAUGUGGACAAACCUCCACCUUCAUCCCCAAUUCUGUUACAGCAUUAUCCUCUUUAUAGACCAAGUGACUCUCAGUGUACAGGAGAAGAUGCUGCUCCGCUGGAUAAAAGGAAUGAUCCUUUCACAGAAAAGUAUGAUGUGCUUUCUGUGGAAGCUUCCCAAAAGCUGUUAUGGUGGUUUCAGCCCCGGUUGAUUCUGAGUGGUCACACCCACAGUGCCUGUGAAGUGUUACAUAAUGGGAAAAUUCCAGAAAUCAGCAUUCCAUCAUUCAGUUGGAGGAACAGAAACAAUCCUAGUUUCAUAAUGGGCAGCAUCACAUCAACAGACUUCUCCCUCUACAAGUGCUUUCUUCCAUUUGAAAACACAGUUGUUGCUAUCUACUGUACAGCAGGAGCUGUGCUUGUGCUCCUCACACUAGUUCACUUUCAGCCUCUCUUUGUCUUCCUUUUUCAGUUUGUUCAGUAUUUAAUCACUAAGCAUAAAGCAGUAUGAAGAGCUGGACAUUUGUAAUCUUGUCACUGACACACCAAAGCUAAAGAACAGUCCAUCAGACUACAUUCAUGCCAGCAAAUGCGUACUUGAAUUACUAGCCCAAAGGCAGGGUUGCCUUUACACAUAGAAAGUC